UAGUGAAGAAGAAGAAGCAGACGCAAGCAUGGCGGGCGUGUGGCGGGCGUUCAGCCGCACUAAGACCACCACCACGCGGGACCUGAAGGAGACAGAGCUGUCCCGGUGCCUCGGGGUGUUCGACCUGACGGCCCUCGGGAUCGGCAGCACCCUCGGGGCAGGGAUCUACGUGCUGGCCGGACAGGUGGCCAGACUCCAGGCGGGUCCAGGCGUCGUGCUGUCAUUCCUCAUCGCGGCCCUGGCGUCACUCCUGUCAGGGCUGUGCUAUGCUGAGUUUGCAGCCCGGGUGCCUAAGGCCGGUUCAGCGUACGUGUACGGGUACAUGGCUGUGGGGGAGUUCUGGGCCUUUGUGAUCGGCUGGAACAUGGUUCUGGAGGACAUGAUCGGAGCUGCCUCCGUGGCCAAGGCCUGGUCACAGUACUUCGACUCCUUCUUCAACGACUCCAUCAGACUAACCGUAGAACGAGAGAUUGGGACCCUACACAAGGCACCUGGCCUGGGAACCUACCCGGACAUCAUAGCAUUCAUCCUGCUACUGUUAAUGACAGGUGUGAUCGCCAGCGGGGUGAAGCAGACGUCCAUCACUAACAUCAUCUUCACGGCCGUGAACGUGCUGGUCAUCCUGUGUAUCGUGGUGGUGGGCUGCUUCUACGUCAACGGGCAGAACUGGGCGGGAGAGGACAACUUCCUGCCGUACGGAUUCUCCGGGGUUCUCUCUGGCGCGGCCACUUGUUUCUACGCCUUCGUGGGCUUCGACAUCAUAGCGACCUCUAGCGAGGAGGCGCGGAACCCCAGUAAGAGCAUCCCCACGGCGAUCCUGCUGACCCUGGUGACGUGUUUCCUGGCGUACUUCGGCGUGUCCGCCAUCCUCACGCUGAUGGAGCCGUACAGUCAGAUCGCCUCCACCGCCCCGCUCGCACGGGCCUUCGACCAGCACGGGCUGUACUCGGUUGGGUACAUCAUCUCCGUGGGCGCUAUCUGUGGGCUGACUGCCUCCACCCUGGGCUCCCUGUUCCCGCUGCCCCGGAUCGUCUACACCAUGGCGCGGGACGGGCUGCUGUGCGAGGUGUUCGCCCGGGUACACCCCCGCACGGCCGUCCCCGUGGUGGCAACGCUGGUGUCCGGGUCCCUGGCCGCGGUCCUGUCCUUGGUGCUGGAUCUGCAGCAGCUGGUGGAGAUCAUGUCCAUCGGAACGCUCAUGGCCUACACACUCGUGGCAGCGUCUGUCCUGAUCAUGCGGUACCAGCCAGGGAGAGUCGGCCUCACCAAAGACGAGUCCGCCUACUUCCCGACAUCGUCUGAGAAGACAGGGCUCCUCUCAACCACCAGUAACGGUACAGCCGGCAAACCAAAGGCCGGGCUGUCCAAGUACUUCAAACCCAAGGACUCUACAGGCUUCGUACUGAUGGAGACAGACGGAGACCAAGAAAAUCCCAAGGAGCAGCAACAACAACAAGGUACGGCAACUCUGAUGGACUCAGAAGCGCCCUCUGGCGGCGGGUACCAGCCCAUGGACGUGACAGAGUCCGUGCCGGACCCCCGGCCGGAGCCGACUCAGCACACGGGGCAGCUGGUGUCCUGGUCCGUCCACAUCAUCGUCAUCCUCAUGAUCCUCACCAGCGCGACGCUUAUCUUCGCCCAGGACUACGUGUAUGAUAGAGCUUGGUGGGCUCUGCUGAUCAUCUGUGUACUGGUGUCCGCCAUCUUGAGUCUGUGCGUGUUCAUCUGGCGUCAGCCACAGAGCCGCAUGCGCCUGCCAUUCAAGGUGCCUGGCUGCGUGCUGCUCUGUCCGGUCUCCAUGUUCGUCAAUAUCUACCUGAUGCUGAAGCUCAAGCCCGCCACGUGGAUCCGGUUCGCCAUAUGGCUGGCCAUAGGUAUGAUUGUGUACCUGGGCUACGGCACACGUCACAGUAUGGAGGCACGGCGCGCCGAGGAAAAGGGCGUGUCCCCCCUUCCUGACGUCAUUUCCGCUCCCAAACACGAGCCAAUCCCGGAAGAUACUGACCGGAAGGACUCGUGACGUCAUGGAACGCCCAAGGACCAAAAGAUGUUGUACAAAACGUAACAACGAAACCACCAAAAGACUACAAAAAAGGCCGAU